AGGGAGGAGCGUAGCAGGAAGUUGAUAAGUAGUAUUAAUGCGAGGAUUUGAAUGAUGAACAACGUUUCUUCGUUAUUUAUUUGAUUUCAUUUGAUUUAUGAAGAUAUCCAACACAAUUAGAACACUGUGGUUAAUUAUAUGAAUUGGUGAUAAAAAAAAUUGAUUUUGAUAAAGAUGAAAAAGUGUGUAAGAUUUUUAAAUGAAGUGAUAAUAAUUAACAUUCCUUACGAGAACCGUAGAGGAGAGUGGAUGAUGUUAGCUGUAGACAGAUGUCGGUUUAAGACACGAAUCGAAAGAGUUUUCCCAAUGAUUGAUUUAGUGCUCAAGAAACAUUUAAAACUUAUAUCGAGUAACAUAAAUGAAAAUCCAUGUAUUCAGACCGGAAAACGAUUACACCCGUAAAUAAAAAUAUUGUACAAGUCAACAUUAACACACAAUGUGAUGAAGGACAACCCAUCAAUUCCGGUCUAGCAAGAUGAAUACAUUAUGAAUCGGAUAUGACGAUCAUCCUGUUCCGCUUCCGGAACGGACUUUAGUGUUCCGUCAUUUGACCAGCAGUAUUCACGGUGACAACAUGACUUCCAAAUUAGAUUGCAGACCCCAUUGCUUGGAGACAGAUUCUGCAGUGUUUUCCAAGCCUACUACGUCGGAACCUGUGCCUUCUAGAUUGGCUCCCGCUGCAAAUUUUGUCUUGUCAACAGGCACACGAGCAACCUCAGGCGAAUUCAUGAAUGCAGGGAGGUCAAUCCAUAACAUCUCUUCACCUUUCCUACUAAACUGGAACGAAUGGAAACACCCAAAAUAUGCCAAUUUUACCGAACGUUAUGCCAGCUUUAGAGAUUGGCCAAAGUUCCUCAAAGGCCCCAACAAGAAGGACUUGGCUAGAGCUGGUUUCAUCUACACCGAAAUUGGAGACAGAGUCACCUGUUUUUCGUGUGGAUUGUCUCUCAAGGACUGGGAACCCUUCGAUGAUUCCUACAAAGAACAUUUUCGUUGGUCAAAGAAUUGUGUUUAUGCUAACAUGGUGUCAGACGGGAAAGACUAUUGAGUUAAAUAUGUUGUAACAUUAUUC